AUGGUACAGGAUGGUAGAGAUAAGACUGAACUGGUGCAUGACAAUACACUACAUGAGAUGGAUGAUUCAAAAACACUCCAUCAAACGAAUGGCCAUACUUUCAAAAUUGAUGACGAGGAGGAAGACAAUAGAGUGAGUGAGGAGGAAAAUGAUGAUAGUAUCAGGCAUACAGAUGUGGAGGAUCGACUGAAGGAGUAUAUGCCGAAAGUUAGAAAAGAGACGCCAGCUAUGAAAGAAGAAAAAGAGGGCUCCAUACGUGUACAAGCAGUCGUUAACGAUUGCGCACGGGAAAGCGUGAUGCUACUCACAGGACUAAAAAAUGUUUUUCAAAAGCAAUUGCCGAAAAUGCCUAAAGAAUAUAUUUCACGUUUGGUUUAUGACAGAAAUCAUUGUAGUAUAGCCUUAAUCCGUAACCCUAACAAAGUCAUUGGUGGUAUCUGCUACCGUCCUUUUGAUGCUCAAGAAUUUGCGGAAAUCGUCUUUUGUGCUGUAGCUUCUACUGAACAAGUCAAAGGCUACGGUUCUUUUAUUAUGAACCAUCUCAAAGACUACGUUUCCACUCAUACCCCCAUCAAACACUUUCUUACUUAUGCAGAUAAUUUUGCCGUGGGCUAUUUUCGAAAACAAGGCUUCACUACUGAAAUCACGUUGGAUAAACGGAAAUGGGUCGGUUACAUUAAAGAUUAUGAAGGUGGUACGAUCAUGCAAUGUACAAUGAUACCCAAAAUGAAAUAUAUGAAUAUGUAUGAUACGUUAGCCAUCCAAAAAAAUGCAGUGUUGAAAAAGAUAAAAGAGAAUGCAACGGAUCAUAUUGUAUAUCCCGGUGUUUCUAUGGAGAUUGGCAACAAAGGGAAACGAUCUAUUGAUCCACUGACAGUGCCGGGUAUUAAAGAAUCAGGAUGGACACCGGAAAUGGAUAUUCUGUCGAAUAAGCCACGGCACGCUCCACAUUACAAUCAAAUGCUUCAUAUAGUAGAAGAAAUGCAAAACUUUACAGAUGCCUGGCCGUUCCUCGAGCCUGUCAAUAUAGAAGAAGUAGCUGAUUAUUAUGACAUUAUCAAAGAGCCAAUGGAUCUUGCUACGUUAGAAGAAAACGUAAAGAAUGACGCCUAUCCAAAGUGGGAAGACUUUAUAAAAGAUACGCGCAAGAUUUUCGAUAAUUGCCGAGUUUAUAACGCUGAAGACACAGAGUAUGCUAAAUGUGCAGCAAGACUAGAAAAGUUUUUCAAUGAUAAACUACGUACUGCCAAGAGAAAAUCUUCCUGA